AUGGCAAGUUCUGUAGAUACCCGGAAACUACCUGAAAUAUUCGAUGAUUGCUGGAAAGUAUACCAAUACCUAGACUCAACUGAUGAUCCAACGGUAUCAACUCAAUAUCAGGAUAAGGUGAAGACGGGGAUUCCUGAUGCAGAAAAGGCAGUAUUCAUGGUAAACAAACUAGGACUGUUCAGCACUAAUGAGGACAUAGAAGAGGUUGCAUCUAAUGAAAUAAAAUACAUGCUCUUAUCUGCACUGUAUGGAUACUUUACCCUGAAACAAAUAGAUGGAGAAAGGAAACAAACACUGCAAGAUGCUCAGUUGUGUUAUGUUGACUUUCUGAAGCUCUGCAAGUCGUAUAAUGUCACAUCAAUAGAUCCUUCCACAUUUUUACAAUCAGGAGACUCAGCUAGCAAUAUGGGAAAACCAGACCUUCUGAGUCAAGUCAACAGCAGAGAGAACAAGAUUAAAAGAUUCAAGGAGCAAAAGGCCAGAGAGGCAAAGCUGAAUGAAUUGUAUACAUAUAUACAACAGGAACAUGUGGAUGAUGAGAAAAAGAGGGAAUAUUACACAUCAUUACUAGAGAAAUGGGUGGAUAUAGCUGUAGAGGAACUACAGAGUAUCAGAAUGGAACUCCCCUUUGUGGAACAGAUGGCCAAGAUGAAGAAAGAAGGAAAGGAAAACAAAAAUGUAAAACCAAAAGAAAAACCUCAACAGGCCCUGAGACCAUUCAUCCUAACAAAGGAUGCUCUGCAGGCCCAAGUGUUCGGUUUAGGCUAUCCCAGCAUUCCUACUUACUCGAUAGACCAAUGGUAUGACCAGCAAGUGGAACAAGGACGGUUGCCAAAGCCAGGGGAGUCUAAUGAUAUGAUGAACCAGGCAAUGAACAUGAAUCCUGGUUUUGAUGCUGAACAAAAGGAACUAGAAGAUAUAGAAAAAGAAGAAAAAAUAGAAAAAGAUGAUCCAGAAACUUUACAAAAGGCCAGAGAUUGGGAUAAUUGGACGGAUGAGCAUCGGAGGGGGUGGGGUAAUACAGACAAUAAAGGAUAGCAUAUGUCAAGUUACCAAGAUGUUUGUAUUACUUACAUAUACUACUUCUGUAGUUGUGAAGUUGUAAUGGAGGUCGCCACCCACAUAUAAGCUGAAUGUUAAUUUAAAAAUGGCUGCCCUGUCCUGUAAGUACUGCAACAAUGGCUGUGCCGUGGUAUGUGUAUUACUACAAUGACUAUGGUGGAGUAUGUGUAUGAUGACAAUGCUGUGGUAUAUGUAUUACUACAAUGACU